GCCUAUGCAGUAGGGAGUUGUUUGGCGGCUCUCGCAAGUUUUUCUGUACUUUACAUGUCAUUUUUAUUUACUCGUACAAACGACCACUUGUUUAUUUAUAUAGGGUAGCUCGCCUCACUAUUCCCUCGUUAAGCACUGCUCUAUUAUAACGAUACGGUGUUCGGGGCGUGGUAGACAACAAACAACAACCCAAAAAGAAAAAAAAGAAGCCGGAGACGGAAGGGGAGCUUCAGUAAAUUCUGGCUGACCGCGGCUGAGCUUAUGAUGCCGACGUUGCGGGACAGCACCAUGUCCCACCCCGGCGAAAAUUCCCAUCAAGUCCGGGUGAAAGCCUACUACAAAGGGGACAUCAUGAUCACCCACUUUGAGCCGUCCAUCUCGUAUGAAGGCCUGUACGGCGAAGUCAGGGACAUGUGCUCAAUGGACAACGACCAGCUCUUUACGAUGAAGUGGAUUGACGAGGAAGGUGACCCGUGCACGGUGUCGUCUCAGCUGGAGCUGGAAGAAGCGCUGCGCCUCUACGAGCUCAACAAAGACUCAGAGCUCAUUAUUCAUGUGUUCCCAUGUAUACCAGAGAAACCAGGCAUGCCUUGUCCUGGUGAAGACAAGUCCAUAUAUCGGCGAGGAGCGCGACGCUGGAGGAAGCUUUACUUUGCCAGCGGCCAUGCCUUUCAGGCCAAACGCUUCAACAGGAGAGCACAUUGUGCCAUCUGCACGGACCGCAUCUGGGGUCUGGGCCGACAGGGUUACAAAUGCAUCAACUGCAAAUUGCUGGUUCACAAGAAGUGCCACAAGCUGGUCACCGUGGAGUGCGGCCGACCCAUGAUCCAGGAGCCAAUUCUGCCUGGUCAACCUCCCAGUCAAUUAGACCCAAUGGAACAGCCAGGUCCUCAGAAUAAAGACUCCAGAGAAAGCUUGACUUACGAUGGAGAAGAGAAAGAGGCGCGAAACAGCCGAGACACAGGAAAGUCGCCCUCCAGUCUCGGCCUGGCGGACUUCGACCUGCUGCGGGUGAUUGGCCGUGGAAGCUACGCCAAAGUGCUGCUGGUGCAGCUGAAGAAGACUGAGCGAAUCUACGCUAUGAAGGUGGUCAAGAAGGAGCUAGUCAAUGAUGACGAGGACAUCGACUGGGUCCAGACAGAAAAACACGUGUUUGAGCAAGCGUCCAAUCAUCCUUUCUUGGUGGGCCUGCAUUCCUGCUUCCAGACAGAAAGCAGACUUUUCUUUGUAAUCGAAUAUGUGAACGGCGGCGACCUAAUGUUUCACAUGCAGAGACAGCGGAAGCUUCCCGAAGAGCACGCCAGGUUUUACUCCGCAGAGAUCAGUCUGGCGCUCAACUACCUUCACGAGCGCGGCAUCAUCUACAGAGAUCUCAAACUGGAUAACGUGUUACUCGACUCUGAGGGACACAUCAAACUCACCGACUACGGCAUGUGCAAGGAGGGCUUGAGACCCGGUGAUACGACGAGCACUUUCUGCGGAACCCCUAACUAUAUUGCCCCCGAAAUACUCAGAGGAGAAGAUUACGGCUUCAGCGUGGACUGGUGGGCACUGGGCGUACUGAUGUUUGAGAUGAUGGCGGGCCGGUCACCCUUCGACAUUGUGGGAAGCUCCGACAAUCCCGACCAGAAUACAGAAGACUACCUCUUCCAAGUCAUAUUGGAAAAACAGAUCCGAAUUCCCCGCUCCUUGUCUGUUAAAGCCGCCAGCGUCCUCAAGGGAUUCCUCAACAAGGAUCCCAAGGAGCGUCUGGGCUGCCAUCCCCAGACGGGUUUCGCCGACAUUAUGGGCCAUCCUUUCUUCAGAAACGUUGACUGGGACCUUCUGGAACAAAAGCAAGUGGUCCCUCCCUUCAAACCCAACAUCUCUGGCGAAUUCGGACUAGACAAUUUUGACGCCCAGUUCACCAACGAGCCCAUUCAGCUGACGCCAGACGAUGAUGAUGUGGUGAAGAAGAUCGACCAAUCUGAGUUCGAGGGUUUCGAGUACAUCAACCCGCUGCUGAUGUCGGCCGAGGAGUGCGUGUAAAGGGAGACGCACACAUUUAAACACACACACACACGUGCCAUCUCAGUGUCUUGACGCUGCAUGGUUACGAGGCAACCCAGCGACAUCAUCCUUCAUAGUUUUCGUCGUUGCCAAAAGCAGUUUCACACUCUGCCACUUCUAACCACUCGUCCUUAAGUCUUCUCUCUAUGAAUUAUUUUUAUAUGCUCUCUAUAAAUAUUCAAAUGUAUAAAAAUGAAACUGCACUGAUAUCAUUGUGUCAUCGGGGGCCUCUCUACUAAGUUCUUCCAAGGUUACUUACUGUGCACAGACUUUUUAUUUGUACUGUAUAAUAUAUAUAUAUAUGAAACUGCUGUUGAAUGACAUUAGCCCUCUUUUUUUAAGAUCAGUUAGAAACACUUCUCCUAACACUAAAUAUGAAAAUCUAUAUAUUUUUUAUUUAACUACAGCUGUUUAAUUGAGCAGUCUAAAUUAUCCCGAGGUGCGAGUGCGGAUACGAAUGCGCGUCGAUUUCUGCCCUGUGAUUGACCGGUACAGAGAAUGGAUGUUAUGUGUGUUAUCUUGUGUGCAGCCUGAGGAUCAGACCUGGAGUCGUUGGUUAAAAUACUGUGAACAAAUGUAGCGAGUGUUUGCCCGGUUGGAAUUUUCACGCAGGACCAAAAAACAAAUUGUUUCUGGUAAGUGUCUAUUUUGAAAUUGGCGGAUUUCCUCAAAUAGUGGCCCCUCGGGUUGGAUCGUCCACUUCUAAAAAAAACAUGACGCUGAUGUGAAUUCUGUUGCUAGCCAAAACAGUAGCAACAACUGAAGGAAGCAGUCACUCGUGAAUUAUUAAGAGACUCACAAAUUUAGAAUACAAACGAGUGGUUUACUGCACAUUUUAAUCCCAACAAAGCAUCAACUCAUUGGAUUGGAUGUCGAAUGGGUCAAGGAUUGCAGUUAGUCAUGUGAAAAAUGAUGACGCCCCAUUGAAUAUUCAAUUCUUUAUUAAGAAAUGUUCACAUAUCAAUCUUGUUUUUCUUUAUCACUGGAAAAGAAAGAUAUCUGAUUGCAGGUAAACAACAA